CUCUCUCUCAUAGACACACACAAGAAGAUGGAGAUUUUACAUUUCAGCCAUGACCAUCCACUGAAUUUCAAGGAUGUGCAAAAGAACGAAGGUACGGAUGUUUUGUGCUAUGGGUGUAAAAAACCAAUCUUAGACCAUGCGUAUUGUUGUAGAGAGUGUGAUUACUUCCUACAUAAGAGCUGUGCAGAACUUAACCGGGAGAUUAAAGAUCCCAUACACCCCGAACACCUUUUAACCCUUGAUGCAGGUUCAAGUUCAUACAUUUGUGAUGCAUGUAAACAAGGUUGGGAUCGGUUCAUUUACUGUUGUUACCAGUGUGACUUUGGCAUCUGCAUGCCGUCAUCGAAGAUAAAGGCACAUCUUAUCAAUGCAACAAAUGUGACAAGUUCCUUUGGGCAACUUCUUCAGUUUACUGUUGUGGCCGCUGUUAGAUAUUUUGUCCAUGUAAAGUGCACAACAUCAAAGGCAAGGUCGUCGAGAGAUGCUGAAAUAAAUAGCAGUAAUAAAGAUGACGAACUUCUUGAAUCUAAUCUAGUAAGUUUACCGGUGAAUGAUGAAUUUGUAGAUUUGGUUAGACAUUUUGUUAAAGAUAUAAACGUUAACAAGUUUGAGAAAGAAACAAAGAUUAAUGAUUGGAGCCAUCAGCAUCCGUUACUUCUUUUCGAUGUGCAAAAUAUCAAUGAGGCUGUGCCCACUUACCAGAUGAGGUUCAACACCCAAGUCACCCUGAACACUUGCUUAAGCUUGGGAGAUUCACUAGCAUCUAUUCGCUCAUCACAUGUGACUGUUGCAACAUGA